AUGAUAAAUAAUUCUCAAUUACUAUUACCAUCAACAACAAAUACUCAACAAUCAUUAACAACAUCAAAUAAUGUACCUCAGCAAAUCGCAUCAGCAAAUUUUAUACCUAUUACACCAUCAUCAGAUACAAUUCAAUCAAAUUCAACUUCAUCGACAGCAUCUUCUAUCUCAACAUCAACAGAUAAUGAUGAACGCAUUAUACAACAAUCAUCAUCAUUACCAACUAGAAGACAAGUGAAAAGAAAAGUUCAAACAAUAGAACCUUCAUAUAACACAAGAGAAUCAACAAAAAGAACGGGAAGAAGUUAA